UUUUUCAUUUUUUUUUUGUCUGCUGUUUGUCAAGCCUCAUCUAUCGGUUUAGUUAGUGGGAUUAGAGAGUUAUAAGCUUUGAUAAAGAGCAUGUCGCUCGGUUUCUCUUUCUACAAUCAACAAUCGCACUGUUUCGUAAACUGUAAACAGCAAUUUAAAUUUUGUUUUUCCUGGUUUUAUACAAAUAACAAUUAGUUUAAAUGUCUGAACUCUUGUUAGAUCCCGACAUUCGCUUAUGGGUUUUCCUUCCCAUUGUUAUUAUUACUUUCCUUUUCGGUAUAGUUCGCCAUUAUAUAUCGAUAUUGUUAACAUCUCCUAAAAAAGUUGAACUUCUCCAAGUACAAGAUAGCCAAGCGAUAAUUCGGAGCAGGCUACUUAGGGAAAAUGGAAAAUACAUUCCGAGACAGGCUUUCCUGAUGCGCAAACAUUAUUUUAAUAAUGAAGAUCUGGGUUACUUCAAGACUCAAAAGCGUAACCCCCCUGCCCAAAACCCAAUGACUGAUCCUAGUAUGAUGACGGAUAUGGUGAAAGGAAACUUCACAAAUGUUCUGCCCAUGAUUAUAAUUGGAGGGUGGAUCAACUGGACAUUUUCUGGAUUUGUAACAACCAAAGUUCCUUUUCCUCUGACGUUACGAUUCAAGCCCAUGUUGCAGAGAGGUAUAGAAUUGCUGUCACUCGAUGCUUCCUGGGUGAGUUCAGCAUCUUGGUACUUCUUGAAUGUCUUUGGUCUUAGAAGCAUUUAUGCCUUAGUCUUGGGGGAGAAUAAUGCUGCUGAUCAAACUCGUGCAAUGCAAGACCAGAUGUCUGCUCCAGCAAUGGCUAUGCCUCCCGAUCCAAAACAGGCCUUCAAGGUAAGUUUUACAUUUAACCUUUGACUUCUUUUGAACAACUAUAAAUUUUAAUCACAAUCCUAACAUUUUUAUA